GUUAUCUGGCCCCUUUUUACCAAGCAGCAGGCACCAGGCAGAGAAAGAGGAAGAAGGAGCUGAGGACAGGAGAGACGAGAGGACAUCAGAGGUGAAGUGAAGCUGGAGACCAGACAGGGGAACCUCUGGAGCUAACACACCCAACAUUAGGAGGGAAGCUUUUACCGAAACACACACACACACUCACACACACACCUGCAACUUUGGAGCUGCAACAUGUUCGAAGAGCAGGCAACGAAGGUGAAGAUCACGUCCGUGGUGAUCCUGGUGGGCAUGUCGGCGAUGCUGGCGGCGGUGGUGACCGACCACUGGGCCGUGCUCAGCCCCAGGGUGGAGAAGCUUAACGCCACCUGUGAGGCGGCCCACUUUGGCCUCUGGAGGCUCUGCAAGAAGAGCAUCUUCAUCGUGGAGGAGGACCCUCAGGGCAAAGGCUGCGGCCCCAUCAGCUUACCUGGAGGUAUGGAGACUUUAGAUCCUCCUGCUGUUGUGGGGUCAUUUCAGUACGAGCAAGGCGGUAGAAAAGAGUCUUUUUUGACUUAGAGGGAAAGAUUCUGGAUCUAUAAUCACCUUCAGGAGUGUUUAAGUCGGAUAAAACAAACCUCUGUAACUUCACGAGUCUGAUUUUGAUGUAUGAGUGUAGCAUGGAGGUCAUGGCAGACUAAAACGAUUGUAAGCAGGACUUUAGAGCUGUUAUUAGAGUCUAAAUGAAGCCUUAAGUUUGAUCAUUUCCUCAAUGUGCACAAUAAACGGCCAACCUUGAGGCAUAAAACACUUUAAUAUUGUUGCUUUUAAAUCUUAAAACCAUUUCAAACACAAAAGUUUAGGUAGAAGGAUUUAUACUGUGAUUAUUUUAAGAGUUUUCUGCACUCAUGCUGUUUUUAACCACUGAUAUAGAAGAAGAAGAAGAAAAACGGAGCUGUUUCUCCAGGUUUCUUUCCACUAAAUGCUUCAGUGAGUCGCUCCCUUCUCCAUAUCUCGCACAUAUAAGUGCUUGUUUGUGAAAAAUACCCCACAACGAUGAUGAUGAUGCAUGUGUCUUUGAACCGACUGUGAGGCCAUUUUCUCACUGUACUAUCAUAAAGCUGCACAGAGAUGGAUAAUUAAGCCAAUUAAGCACAGUCAAACAGCUGAAGUCGGAGCGUAAUGGAGGAGAAGUGCUGCCGUACUUUACAGUUAAUGUGACAGACACACAGAUCUGCUCUGUCUGCGCUGAUGGACUCUCAGUGUGAGGCGAGAAACGGAAUUAAUUUGACCUCACAGCGAGGAGGCUCCUUUUCAUCUGAACUUCCAGUAACAUUUACAGAGAGCUUUUCCACUUUUAUCCGAAUACAGUCAGACUCUGUUGAAACUCAUAUACAGCAUAAAAAAAUCUGAAAUUUCACCGACAUCUUUGCACAUGAACGACUGCAGCACCUCAGAUAAGAUAAAGACUCUGGAUGGGCAUCAAAAAAAAGUUAUAGAAGAAAACUAAUUCAAACUGCUGAACUAUCCAAACUUCAGCUUAUGCUGCGUUCCAGUUGUCCUCGGAAGUCUGGAUUUCAUCUGGAACACCCCCUGAAGUCGGAUUUACGAUCCUCACCAACUCUGACUUGAUGACAAUGUCAUAAUCCAAGAUGGCAGCGCAGUGCAUCAACAGUAAAGAGUAACAGUAAAAGCUCUCGUAAUGAAUCUUUUUAUUAGCACUUCUGUUUUGUUUUUGUGAAAUUAAAUCAGUGGUUUAUGUUGUACAGCCCAACGUCUAACUGGUACAGCUAACAACAGCUGACAACGGCUCACAACAACUGACAAAUGUUAACAACAAACAGUAGGCGUCCAUCUUGGUAUUCCAACUUGUUUACUGGAACGUCGUUAACUUGAGGGUGACCAUAUGUGCUCUUUUACCUGGACAUGUCCUCUUUUUUGGAGGCUGUCCGGCUUGUCCAGGGGAGUUUAUAAAAUCCUACAAAUGACCGCGGUUUUGUACGGAAAAGCGACUCGAAAAACUCUCAAAAUUAACUUCACGUGACUCCGUGACUCCACCCCGCGUAGUAAUGUCUUCUUUUUUGGGAUUCAGAAUAUAGUCACCCUAGUCAACUCGGGUGUAACGUCAGUCCCAGCUCCAACAUCCGACUUCUGAGGUAACUGGAACGCAGCAUAAGAUCUGGACCACAACCAAGGAGUCAAAUAGUAUUGUUGUGUUAGCUCUUAAAAUAGCACACUCGCUUUCUGAUAAACCAUGUGACAUUCAGGGCUCUUCCCAUCCCACUGUGGAGGAGAUAAGAAUAUUUUCACAGACAGAGGUAAUUCAUUUUAGUGAAAAAGUGUCCUUUCUAUGACGCGAGAGAGAGGCUGCCAUCUCUGUUUUGGCCUGUCGACCAAUCAGCGGCUGUAGCUACAAUCAGCUGACAUUCAAAGGUCCAAUCAGGGGCCAUGUUUGCUCCCCUGGAGCAGUGAAGGUGAUAAAACUGGAGAUAAAAUACAGAUACAAGAAAUCUAUUUAGGCCGACUUUUCCCACAGGAAUACAGCAGAAAAGAGACAAAAGAGACUCGGACAGCUGGUUUAUCAUGAGGUGAAGGAGGUCGAUUUCUCUAUAUGGUAUCUGCAACAGGCAUGAGGAAGCUGGUGAAACAAUAUCUUAAUGUGUGAGCGCUCCUAUUAAAUAUUCCUGAUUUUUACCUGCUGAGGAAAAAUCUGUGCAAGUUCCAGUUUAUAAGAUUUUGAGAUGUUUCUCCCAUGCAGUCGUCCUUUAACAUAUCAGGAUUUUUCGUGUGUUAUAAAGAGUUUUUUCAGAUUCAGAGAGUUAGUCUAAAGCGUUUUGUUUUGUAUUCAGAGUAAACUUCAGUCAAAUAUCCUUGUGGCUUUAAUUAUCAGCUGUGUUUGAGGAGAGUCUCUCCGGCCUCUGGCUGUGAGCUCGUGCCUCGCAGCCUAACAGACAGAUUUCACUCUGACUCUAUCAUUGACUUUAGCCUCCAGCGCCCGCACCUCAGGAUCAGUACAAGUCUUAAUGAAGUGUGGCUUCCUGCUCCUGCUCGUGAGUUAGAGCACACCUGACGGGGGACUCAGAGAGGGGGGGAUGGAGGGGAUUCGGUAAGAAGACCAAAGUCUGCUUGGAUUGAUAGUGGCAGGGAUGCCUCCGUCUACAAGUAGGAAGCUCUUUGAGAGGAGCAGAGAGAGCUGUGACAGCUGCCUGUCAUGGAAAUAUGCCAGAUCACCUGCUCGGUCUAAACGCAGACAGAUGUGUUUCAGAGUUAAGACCAGCAGCUGCAGAUUUUACUCCUCUGUGGACGAGUCGAUCACCUGUGGGGUGAGUGAAGGGCAUAUCGCCGCUGACAGACACUUACUCUCUCCACUAUCUGACAGAAACAGUAACGAAGCACAGAGCGACACGAAAUAAAACAGGACAGCUGGUUCUCAUCCUCUCAAGGAGUCAAAUCCAGCAGCUCGGUCAGAGAAAUCCAGUUUGUAGAGCAUGACGCACGUGCUGAUUUAUUCAUUUAAAGGCAUGGUUGACGAUUGGAGGGAUUGGUAAUUAUUAUAAACCUCGUUUCUAUGGCGAUCAUGGUCCUAAAAAAAAAAAUGGAAAAAAUCUGUUCACCCGAGCAGGUUCAGGGCUGAAAAAACAUUGACCAAUGGGAGCCAUCCGUCCCGAACAGCUCUUAUUGGUCAAUCUCUUGCGCCGCCUCUCCAACCAAUCACCUCGCUGUAUUCGACACACCCCUCUCCUGUCGUUCCCUCCCACUCUCCCGGCCCUAAUAGUAGCGUAGCAGCUUAGCGACAGGAGCUGUGAUGGAGAAGGAUGCAAAAAAACUACCCCACUUCGGAAGCAGUGAGGAAAGGAUUGUUCUAAGAGCUGGUCUAAAGAGGAUCACGUGACGGACUCAUGUUGUCGGUGUCAAACCUGUUUUACCUCCAGCAGCAGAAUUAGCUCAGCUAAGUGCCGCCUCCCUGAGUGUGCAGCUGUUUUCCUCAGAGACCCUCCAUUAGCUUAAUUUCAACCCUAACGUUGUUUCUCCACUCAGAUAAAAAAAAGGAAAGUGAGUCAUUCUCUCAUACCACCUGAAAAUGUCCAGUGAUUUGGCAUACGAGGACGCGGCUCUGCCAUUUGCUCCCACGCCAGGCUGAAUAGAUUUGAUUAUACAAGCCCGUCUCUCUCCAUUUGUGGCCCCGGUGCCCACCAGAAACGGAUCUGAACGUGUCGGUGUGUCCCUUAAGUCCUCUUUGCCGUGUUUAGCACAUAACACGACAAAGACGUUCGUUGGAUUUCUCGAGUUCAGUUGAUAUGUGAUUUCGCAGAGCUCGCCCCCUCUCUUCUGUGGACAGUCUGACCGCCUGAGAGGUUGGUUUAGCUCGACUGAAGAGACUCAGGGAGAGAUCUGACUCUUCUUUCGCUGGCCUUCCACCAGCACUUUGGGGCAAACGAUGAAAAGCAAUCAGCGGUGUAGAAACCUCGUAAUUCUUAAAGCAGCAGCACAGGGAGAAACGGCUCUAAAUGCUCCACAAAGCAAAUAUCAUCUUGGCCCUCUGGUGCUGUCUGCACAGAUUUAAAUCUGACAUUAUGCAUUCAUUUGGGGCAGAACUGUCCUAUUUCUAUUCAAAUGAGCUUCACUGCAAAAGGCGUUUAACUCAUAAAUAAUGCACCAAACACCACACCCAGUUAGAGUGGAAAUAGUUUGGAUUCGUGGUCAGUUGUACCUGCAGCACAAUAUUUAUAAUUUACUUUUAGGCUAUGUAAUAUCACUUUGCAGACUCACAUAUUUAUUAAGGCUGCAGCUAUCGAAUAUUUUAACAAUUGAGUAGUCUAUCAAUAUUCCAUCGAUUAAUCAAGUAAUCGGACCCAAACAGCAGACUCAGACACAGUGGGAUUUCCUACAUCACAAAUCCAAGCUCCAACCCCGGGAGAAGGCCGGACUUGGAGAAACAGAGAGGAAGAUCGUGGAACAAGCGUGUGCGUUUCUGUGUGGACGGGUUAAUAUCGUGGUACCAAUUCCACAUGACUGACUCGCUCUCGUCCUAUUUAGCCACGAAAUUAUCGCCUUCUUUUGCAAAUGCCAUGUUUGUUUACACUGGUGUGUGUAGGAACAGGGGAGCACUCCUGUAGGAAGGAGGGACCUAAGGUGGCCUGGAGGCGCGAGACAUGAUAAAGAGGAAAAUCGAUUUGAGGAUUUUAGUUUUUCUAACAUCGUCAUAAUCAAAUAAUCUGAUUACUAUUUAAAUCGAUCUAUCAUGCAGCCCUAGUAGCUACCUCCCAAACACGCUCAAAUUUGCAUUCAAGCUCAAAUCAAAGACAAAGAUCAUUCAGGUGCAACAGGUCUGUGGAGCAAAAUAAACUCUGCAAGCAAAAAGGAGGCCUGUGCUUUGAGCUUUAAAGAAGGCGGUCACUGAGUUUGCAAAGGCGAACAACGCCACGUCAACGUGUCUUCCUCUGUUUCUCUGUUUUUUUCUCUGUUUUUUUCACAGUGGUUGUUGUAAAGUGCACUAUAACAGAUUACAAUCUUGAUGAACUGAAUACCCGAGCACGCUGCAGUGAUUGGACUUAAUAACACACAUUUGCAUUUUUCCCCAAACAGAGGAGGACUUAUUCACACUGACACUGUUUCAUAUACGGCACAAUAACACAGAGGUUUUAUAACAACGGAAGCAAAGAGGUGAAACGAAAUCACUUCUGAAAUUGGCUUCCCACAAAAUGACGCAUGACAGCUUGAGUGCUGUAAAAAUCAAGCGCACCCUUCGAGAAUCACAUUGUGCUGCUCGGCUGGGAAAUAAAGCACUUAAAUGAUGCUCCUGCUGCUGCUGCUGCUGCUGCUGAGUGCACGUGUGCAGAAAAGACCGAGAGAGGAGUUAAAUCUGAGGGAUGUUUUUUUAAGGAUCCAAACGGUCAAGAAGCAUAUUCUCUGUUUUUGGAGAUCACUCACACUUUCAAAAUAAAUCCUCCUCCUCUUCUGUAGCUUUUACUGACAUUAUUCCUGUUCUGUUCGUCCAAAUUCAUAACCUUAAAAAGCACCUUGAGCCACCGAUUUCACUUUCUAGACACUGAGAAUGAUUCUCUCCUGUCUGCCAGGCCCUCGCUUUGGUCGCAGAGUCGACGCUGUGGAGGUGUGUGGCUGAUUUAGUAUUCAGAAAACAAGUUCAAAAUCUGAAUGAAUCACUCCACAUUAUGUAAAUCUAAAAAGAAAACACACAUUCAAAGACGACGACUGCGAUCGCUGACAGAUUGGGAGGAAAGAUUGGAGAGUGUGUGGACUAAGAUGGCGCCAAUCAAACUCAUUAAUGUUUUGAUUUCAUUUUAAUAAACACACACAUGCAGGACCGGGCUGUGGGGCCUCUCCUGUGCUGAUGUGUCCCAGUUAUCAGAGCUCCUGGUGGAAUAGAGAUCCACCUCCCACCACCACCACCCAUCCUAUUCACAUUGACCCAGAAUUAGUCGGUCACUCUGCUAGAAAAAGAACAGCCUUCACCUAAAAAAACCUUUUUGUUAUCGCAAAAGUGUAUGCAUGGUUAGUUUAGGUAAAGACGGCGAGGGGAGGAACAAAAGUUACCGAAGAGAAAGAUGUGACGUGGAAGACGAUGGACAGGCGGAAAGACUUGAGAGGGAGGAAGAGGGCAAAAGUCGAGGCGGCGUAUCAAAGCGUGGAGGUGGCGGCGGAGUUUAAUGGAAAGAGGCAAAACUAAAAUGACAGGCGAUACCUCGUCCUAAUCACUCCACCCCCCCGGAACGAAAUCUGCCCAUUAACUAGACUGCAAGGUCGAUUACGCUCACCCACAUGUCCUUCUUCGCCGUGAACGUCCACCAAAGUUAGAAGAAAAACCAGAUUUCACUUUGAGAGGUGUAAAACGUCUGGGUUCAACUUCACAGCGGAGAAACUGAGACGGUGACAAGAAGGACUGUGAGGUGGUUGAAUUCUGAUGAAUCACGGCUCUGAAAGAAGAGCUUUGUUUCUCUGGAGUGAUGUGAGUCGUUUCUGCCAUUUGGAUUCUCUCGCUCAUUUUGUUGUUUGUAUCGUACAGACCCAGAACAAUAAAAUACGAUUUUAGGAUCCAUUUACGACGAACAGGCCCAGAAGUUUUUCUAAACAAUCUUGGCGACCCGGUCCCAAAUUCAGAGCGGGUUAAAGUCGAUCUGAAUCGGUCUCUCCUCCUCUCUCCUGGCGGGAGGCUGCUGCAGAUGUAAGCUGGCUGACAUCGUGUUCGGCGGUCCAUUGUGCCCAGAGAACGUGUCGGCCUCGCCUGGAAACAUUUUCUGGGAAAUGUUUCCAGCGAUUGUCAAGCUCUGCCAAAAACUAAACAUGGCGAGUUUGUCUUCAGAGCUGAUGCCACACUUUCAGAGACUUGAACUGUUUUAAUGUGACGGAGCUGGAGUUGAAACUCUGUGGGAUAAAACUGUUUCCGCUGAAUUUUGAUUUGUGUAUUUUUCCCUUAGUGUUCCUGUUCCCCUGUAGUCCUGUCUUGUGAGUUUUCAGUUUAUCUUUGACCCUGUUUCCCUCCUCUACUCUGUGUUUUAUUCUUUAGAUCAGUUUUCAGUGUUUCCUGUUUUAUUUUGUAGUAGCUGAUUCCUUGUUUUACUUCCCUAGUUUUCCCUCCUUCACCUGUGUCUCGUCUGCCUCACCUGUUGCUCAUUUCCCAGUGUGUAUAUAGUCCCUGUCUUCUCCUCUGUCCUGGUUGGUUCAUUGUAUGUUGAUGUGUGUGCAUGUCAGCCUGUUCCCCAUCAUCUUUUAUCCGUGAAUCCUUCGUUUCCUGGUGGUUUCUUUGGUUUGGAUGUUGCUUUUUAUUUCGUUCUUUUUAGUAAAUCAUUUUUCCUUUUUUCGUUAUUCGACUCUAGCUCGUGACAAUCACAAUAUUAUAAGAUUAAAGGCGUAGAAAAGUCAUGAUAUCACGAGUGUGAAAAUACUGCAGGUCAACAGAGGUCAACCGUCACAACCUUAAAUUAUCAUUUAUAAGAACUAUUUUAACAGAAAUUAUGUUUAAGACAUGUAUUUUAAUAUUUAUAGUUUGACCCAUGUUCCAUCUGUUACAAUGAAGGACUAAAGUGCAGCCCGCCACCAGGGGGAGCUCUAAAAUUUUUACCUUUGCUCAAUAGUAAGUAGACAAUCACAAUCAUUCAACUGUUUCACUGGUUUUAAAAAUGUAGACUAAAAACCAAGGAAAAUGACAAAAUCAUAGAAUCGCAAUUUAAAUCGAAUCGGCAUCCAAAAAAUCGUAAAAGAAUCGAAUUGAGGGAAAAGCAUAUCAUCCCAGCCCUACAGUCUAUCGUGGAAACACAGACAUGUGACCUUAUGUACCGCCAUCUACUGGUGUAAUACAACCACAGCUCCACAACUGGGGGAUUCAACUCACAUCAUACAAACUCUGCAAAUAAAAAAGAAACUAGAGAUGUUUUGUAGUAUCAUUUAACCGACAGUUUUAGGUAAAAUAAAAUAAAAAGUACAUACAACUUUAUUUUGCUCCUGUCAAAAGGUACAAAAAUCUGUAUUGAAAAUUUUGAUAUUUGACCCUGACUAUAUCUGUCUCAGCUGUUCUGUAAACCACUCCAGUGCUGUGCUCAGCCUGAAACCUUGGCAGGUGAAGCAACAGUAACUUCCUCCGGCCUGCUCUUGUUUUAUCCUCUUCGUUUCAUCGAUAUCGAGCAGAUACGGACGCUCUUUUUGAAGCCGCCCUCUUUCAAAAGGUCUCUCCGCUCCGUCUUUGUGUGCUGGGCGGAUAAUUGUCUUCAGCAGCUGGAGAAAUACACAUUAGCUUUGAUUAGCUUAGCCCCAGAGGUGAGUGCACCUAAUGAGAAGAGACUAAUGAAAAUAAUAUAUUUACAGAUCCAGGCUGCACGGAGAUCUCCCCACCCACCCCACCUUCCUGCAGCCUGUCAAUCCCUGCACACACACGUAUGCAUGUACAUGCUCUCACAUGCAUUCCUCUUGAUUUGCCUGUACAUGGGUAAACAGAUAGGACUAGCCGAGACCUGCAGCAGCCUGUUGCUAGGUUACCUCUUUAGUGAUUCUUUCUCAUCCUGGGUAACAAACAGCUCCUCUGUUGCCUGGUGCACACAUACUCACACAUCGUACAUAUAAACACACACACACACACACACACGCAGACUCCGGCACCCAAACAUUGUCCGUCUUUGUGUGGACAGAGAGGGAGAAGCUGUCUGUUUUAUGGGUUUAAUCACAGUGAGGAGGGUUGUUCGAUGGAGGAGGAAAGAGGGGACGCUCGCUUGGCCUUAACCCCCUCCCCUCCACUACCCCCCCCCCCCCCCCCCCGGCCGUCCUUAGAGAGACAACAAACAGAGUGAUGGAUGUGUGGGCAAUGACUGCUCCCUGAAUUGUUUGGGCUUCGUUGUAGAUUGCGGUCAAAGGAGUGAAAUGCAGAAAUGUUUCAUUGUUGUGGAGAAAUGGGUGUGAGAGAAAACAUGGAGGAUUUCAGUCACAGAGCAGCAGAGUGUACGUCUGAUCAAGAGGUAGAAAAUGAAUAAAAAACACUUGUUUGAGUCCUGACUCUUUAUAAAAAAGUGUCUCUGAGGAGUUUCCAAUCUCUGUACUUCUGUGAACUUCUUAAAACUUCUUAAAACAACUGUGCAACCACUCGUAUUGUUCCUAGGUUACCCCCACUUUCCACCACAUCCGCCACGAAAUUCGUUUACGAUUUCUGCCGACUUUCAUCUUUGAUUUAUUCUGAUCGGGAAUACACGCUCUCUAUGGGCCGAAGUCCAGACUGUGGUGGGAAGGAACAUCAAGUGAUUCACGCAACAGGAUGGCCCAGCCAGGCUAGUGGAAAUCCUGGGUUAGGGUGACCAUACGUCCUCUUUAACCUGGACAUGUCCUCUUUUUUGGGGGCAGUCCGGCUUUGUCCGGGAAGUUUAUAAAAUCCUUCAAAUGUCUGCGAUCAUUUUUGCAUGCAACAUCUAAGCAGUGAUGAGAGGGUAGGAGAGUUGAGACAUGGAAACAGUGUGUCUAUAACAAACAGAAACUGUCAACUUUCUCUUGACAUUUCGACUAUCGAGUGUACAAUAAAAAGACCUGAUCUUUUACAUCUUUCGCUCUUUUAUACUGACGGUAAUAAAUAAAUGUCAAAUAACUUUUUUAAAAGCCUCACAGCGAGAUAAAAUAAACGUAGUUAGAACUGUUCUGUUUUUCUAAACUCCCUUUUUAACGUUUGUUUAUCUUUUUGCAUUUUAAUGUGAUCCACAGAGAGAUUUACAGAUUCAUUGAUGAGUAAUUCAGUCUCCCAGAGAGCUACAGAUACCACCUGAGUCACCUGCUCUCUCCCCCUCAUGUUUCAUUUUCCUGUUUCGACUCUCUCUCUCUUUUCUCUCUCUCUCUCUCUCUCUUUCUCUCCCUCUCUUUCUGUCGUUCUGUGCAGCAAAAAACUGCUCCUACUUCAAACACUUCACCUCAGGGGAAGAAGCUGAAGUUUUUGAAGUCAAGACCCAGAAAGGUAGGUGUAAGCUGCACAAACACGUCCACCAGGUUUCCCACACAUUCGCUUCAUACACGGCUAAUUUGCAACAGGAUUAAAAAAUAAAUGCUAAUGCAUGCCAGAUUUUUUUCUAGUGUAGCAAACAAAUGCUGAAACACAAACACGAACUCAGCUACAUGCACACUGCCCUUCAGAUCAGAGGAGAGGAAACCUGCUCCGGUAUCCUCUGAUUUCAUCUUCUCAUCUUCUCUGCUUCAGGAAGGCUGUUAAACUCAAAGUGAAUGUAUUUCCAGGAAGCUGCUCUUCUCUUCUUGUGUUUGAUUGUGAACCUUAUCAGCUUGCGGGCACACAGACAAAAAUUCAGAUAUUUAGUCAUACCCGGAAGAAAAAAGCCCACAUGCGUACUCGAGAAGGUCAGAUACAGUAUCUAAAUAAGCACAUAUUCUGCACCUUUUUGCAUGGAUGUUUGUUUUGGAGUCCCACAGGGGUCAAUCUUAGGUCCCCUAUAGUUUUCCAGCUCAUUAUUAGUUAGCAAAGUGUCAAAAUAGUACUGAAAUUAGUGUGACGUGCAACAGUUAGAGGUCAUGGUCACUUCUCAGAUUAAGUCUGAGUGAUGGAUUACUCAAAAAAGGCAGAGGAUGUCAGUUUUAUGGAGAUGGCCCAGGCCUUUCAGGGAUUUAAAGAUCCACUCUGAUGAAAAUCAUGUUUUUCUUGUUGUCUACAUGUUCAUAUGGCAUUUUUCUGAUGCGACAGGACAUAUGAAAAAAAAUAAGUGCAAAAUUACACUUCUGAGUAUUUCUAUAUUCAAAUCGAAUGAACCUCUACGAACCUCUGGCAGACCCAAACGGCAGGUUUAGACAGAGUGAGAUUUCCUACAUCACAAAUCCAAGCUCCGCCCCCAAGGCCCUGCUAUACAGGCCAGACUCAAAAAAAUGAGAGGACGAUUGCAGAACAAGCGUAUGUAUUAGCGGAUUGCAAUUCUCGUAAGAAAGCUAAUUAUGAUAUCAACUUUCAUCAUGUCCCCAAAGACAUUAGUGUCCGAGAGCUGAAGACCUCUUAUGUUACCUACUUCUUCUACUACACCGGCAAUGUUAGACUACAAGCUAGCAUAAAGAGGAGUAUGCAGAGCAGCGUUGUCUCUGCUUACGGCUUAAAGGCAAAAUGCUAAUGAGCUUUUGGAGCUCUGCAGAAGAAAAGUCCUUGAAAAUGACACAGGUAACAUGAUUUCGGCUAAAAACUUCAUAAUCACAAUUUAAAGACCACUGAGAGAACACUUAAAAAAAAAAAAAAGAUCGGAGUAGGACUUUAAACACGAACAAUGCAACUUUAAGGUGAAUCCUGCAGACUAAUGGCAGCCAGUGAAUAAGCCGAACAUGUUCCCUCUUGCUGGAGUCAGUCAGAAAUCUUUUGGACAGAGAUGACAGGCUGAUCCGGAGUUAUCAAGCCAGGCAGAGAUGAGGGCAUGGAUUAUUUUCUUCCCCGGACGAGAAGAUGGGUUUUAAAUUUUGAGAUGAUUUUGGAGCUGAGGGCUCAAACUCUCAUUCUGCUCCCUUGAAACACUGAAAUAUAUUUCUUAAUGAGAAACCCUGCUGUGAGGACGCUGGUUUGGCUCUGCAGUUAAAGUGCGCACUCCCGGUACCGACCCUUUGGUGCAUGCUUUCUCUCGUCUCUGCAGACCUUUAUAAUAAUAAGGCCCAAAAAAAAGCCCCAAAAAAGUUAAAAAGAAACUCUUCUUUGGAAAAAAGUCCAUUAUGGCAGGAAACAUGAAAAUAACUACAAGGAAAUAAUCAAUCUUUGCUCCUGUGUCUCAUAAAAGAGCAACAAUAUUAGUUUAGGUUUAUUUAAUUAUCAGCUGGAGACUCUUCAAAAACGCUUUACAGCUUUCAUUUGACACACACCAAUUACCGUCUAAUUUAAACAUAAGAAGUAUUAAUUUUUUGAUAAAUACUCACAAUGGAGGAUGCAUAUAUGGGAACACUAUGUCUGGUGUUGUUCAACAAAAUCGAGGGAAAACGACUUGAAUCCUUCAUGAUUUCUCUUCCAGGAGAUUUCGGGGCUGGAUUUUUAUCAGCACUACUCCCAUGAUGCCACACCACCUCCAAAUGUCAUUAACCUACUUCUUUCGUUAUUGUCUGGAGUUAACCGACUUCAAGAUGCUCUGCAGAUUAACAUAACGUGUUCUCCAUCUGCAUGCACAGAGCGUGUUAGAAUCAAAUCACUGCGACGCAAAACAAAAAUCUACAUACAAACAUCCUCACGCAGACGAGGCAGAGCGAGUUAAUUUACACCUCGUGCUCUCGACAGUCAGGCUGCUAAAAUGAAAAAAAAAAGAAAAAAAGCUCAGAGGAUAAUUUUCAUCACAGUCGACUAUUAGUGAGAAAGAGGAAGCUACAUUAUCUCCAUCUAACAGUCAGAGAGAGAGAGAGAGAGAGGGAGAGUGUAAUCAUCCUGUUAUGAGCCUGCAGCAUCUUCUCUGUCAUCCUUAUGGUGUUAUUGCCAGUUUGGAUAAAUGCUGGUUGUUGUUUUUUUAUUCUCAUUUUAAGUGAGGCUAAUUUAAAGGCUAAUUAUCUUUGUCAUGACUCGCCUGAGAACAACAUUGAGACGAUUAUCAUGUAAACAAUACGGCAACCUCCACUUCUCUUCCUACGCGUGCUACCAGUUUUUAAUCCUCGCAAGCAUCACUCACUACAUCCCAGUUAUUGCAUUUGUCUAUCAGGUCACAAACUUCACUACUACAAGUCACUUUACUCUGUUAUAAUUGUGCGUAUUUAAUCACUCUUUAUUACUUGUAUGAAUGUUGGAAAGCAAAUUUUUAUACAGCUUAAGUGCAUAUGUGUACAAAUGCUGCUUUUUGGGGAGAUCGGCUGUUAUUCUCAAGUGGUUCAGUAGCAUCCAACAAGCUUCAUUUUUCCAUGUCAGAGUGUUAACAGAGCAGAGAUUACUGUUGUGCUCUUAAAUCAAAUUGGAGACCAUGCAGCUGCUUCUGUAUGAUGGUGAAGUCACUGUUUUGUUCUUCUUGACAGUCCUGCAACUGCACAAGAAGGAGUUAAUGAUCUCAAAACCAUAUAACCAACUAGGGCUGGGCGAUAUGGCGUCAAAUCAAUUUCCCAAUAUAUUGAUCAGUUCACCACGAUAACUACUCCACAAGCUGCUCACCCCCUCCCACAUUAACUUUAUCUAAUUCAGCCGCCGUUACAACUUUUGAACCGUCCUCCAUCUCCUCACCUGUUUUUCCUAGAGUUGUGUCAUUCGUGAACGAUUCGUUCAAAAGAAUCGAAUCUUUUAGGUGAACGUUCUGAACUGAAUCACUUCCUCAAGUGAUUCGUUCGUUCGUUUCUCACUUCAGUUGAGCUGAGGUUGAAGACAGUAAACUUAAAACAUCAUCAGGGUUUUUCCUGGCUCAAAUUGAGGCAGAGGUGGCACCAUCCUGACCAUGCGCCAUGACGUGCAUGUAUUUGUAAAUUCAACUGACUCACUUUCUUUUACAGGCAACAUACUUUAAGUUAAGAGUUCAAAAAAGAGUGUGACCAUUAUCAUGUUAAAGCAUUCAUUUAUUAAAUCUAUAUACAUACACAAAUCAGCUGGCAACUUUAAAUUGAAAGUACACUUCAUCCACACAUCUCGCAACCAGACAGAACAUUUCAGCCUCCUCUUUUUCAUUCUGUAGAACCUCUUCAUGCACUCCUUGUAGUCCAAGGCCUCCUGGUCUGGUCCAUCAACGGCCACCUUACAACAGACAUCCAAGUGCCUCUCCUUCAGUCUGUUCCGCAGAGGUGUCUUCAUCUUAAAAAACACAAUUCAUCAUGCAUUAAGUAUUUUUGUUUUUAUUCUGAUACAGACAUGAAGAGUGAUAGUGUUUUCAAUCAUAUAUUAUUUAUAUGUAUACGCUGGAGUGUCCUCCCAAAAAAGAACAACAACCAAUUAUUUCUUAAACUAUCUAAACUAUGUUAUUUUAGUUUUUGUAACUUUAUUAGUUGAGUUUUUUUUUAGGUACUACCAUCUUUAAUAUACUUCUCCUUCUCUUCUGCUGCUUUGUGAAUGGCUGUCACCUCAUGUCUUUUUAAUGUGUCCAGCCUGUAGUUGGUUGAUGGCUGUCUCACUUAGGAGGCAGCAAUUGCCUGCUGUGUUGGGGCACAGUGCUUUUGGCAUAAAUAGCAGUGCAUACCCUCCUCAGUAUGCCUGAGCCAGGUAAAUUGAUUGAGCCACUGCUUGUCAAAGCCACUGGCUCUGUGUUUUUGAGAAGUUAUAGAAAGAGGAAUAAAAACCACGUACACGUUGGUUUUGCGUUGUUAUGCUCCUAAUUGGAAACUAAUUAAUUAAUUACCCUCGCCUCGCCGACUCGUCCUGUCCUGCAUUCUUACCCUCGCGAUCACCAGUCCCUUGUGAAGUACUUUCAGACCUGACACAAAUUUCCACGUUUACACCACCAUGAAAUAUAGCAUUUAACUGCCCGUUUUUUCUCUGCUGUGUUUCACCUGGACUCUUGACUUUCCUCCUCGCGAGGUCGCUUUCUAAAGUACUGGCUGAUUUUGCCUGUCAUAUCUGCAACGCUAAAAAACGGAGGAAACUUUUUGUUUUAAUAAACACGACAUGCUUGGAUGCAAAAAAGACAAGCAGUAUUUACCUGUUUGUACCAUCCGCCAGGGAAAAUCAGGACGCCGAUAGCACCAACUAACGGGAAAAAAACUUGAAAAAACAUGAGUCGAUCCGUUUCUUCUUCGGUAGAUGCUUCAGGUCUUUCCGGUGCACUGCUGUUGAUAUAGCGCCUCUACAGUGGCGCAACGCUGCAACUGCAGUUAGAAUACGUUGCUGCUGCAGAGGGACAUCAAUCGCUCAAUCAACACAGCUGGAGCUUUACGCUGUGUUGAGCGAAAUCAAUCGCUCUGGCUGGGGGCGGCACAAAAUUAGGUGGAGGCGGCCGCCACGCAAUUUUGAACGCAGGAAAAACCCUGAUCAUGAUUUAUAAACAAGUUCAUUUUUGCAAACCUGUUUGCCAAAGAAAUACACAGACAAACACUCUUGUCUCCCGGUCCCAGAAACUAUGAAUUGAACUGAAUCCUGAACCUUUCAGCUGAGUAUCAAUUCAGGAGGUCAGAGUCGCAGGCUCCUCCCACCAAACGCUGAAUAGUUUGGUGAUACGGUGAACAAAUCUUUUGAACGAAUCUUUUUAGUGAACAGAUUCUAGUGAUUCAGUACAUCAAAAGAAACUGCCGUGCCCAUCACGAGUCUUUCUCUCUUUGUUACAGACUGGAUGGGGUGGAAUCUCUGACCUCUCUGACGUAGGACAGCGUCUUAAAGGGACAUGAGACCGUAGCCUACCUACACAGAUCCAAAACCAACUUUUAUUCAUUAAUUUUUUUGACACUGAAUACACCGAUAUGGGCAAAGUGACGUCAGUUAUUGUCGUAAAUUUUGGUAUCUGUAAAUUUUCAGUUUAUUGCACAGCCCUAAAACCAAUUUACAGAGUUAAAGCAUCCUCAGAUCAGCUGCUUAUAAAGUCUUCACAGUGGACCCAGUGUGUGCAGUAAGACCAUAAAUGAGGUGACAAAAACUUGAGUUUUCUGCCUCCUCAGUUUUAAUCCUUCUGUCUCUUUAUUCAGAGUACAACAUCUCGGCAGCAGCCAUCGCCAUCUUCAGCCUCUUCUUCAUGAUCCUGGGCACGCUCUGCGUCAUCUUCUCCUUCGGGAAGGGCCGCGACUACCUGCUGCGGCCUGCUGGGAUGUUCUUCGCUUUUGCAGGUCAGAAAUGUCGGAUAAUGUGAAUCACAGGUCAGGCUCGAUGCGGCGCUACUGUCACUACAGUAUGGCACCUUAACUCAGAAUCUGUGUAAUCAUCACACAUAACUGCUAUUUCUGCGACAAACACUAUUUAUGCAAAUCAUUUUAAAGUUCAGAUCUCUGAGGUCAGUGGAAAUAAUACCCUACAAACAAUCAGGAUGACUGUAAUUGCAGUAAUUUGGAGAUAAUGGAUUUAUCACGACGAGCGCACACCUUCACAUUUACUGUCACAGACUCAAAGCAGACUAAAAAAAGUAUAAAAUCCGAACACGCUGUGAACGUCGUAAAUAUGAUGAAACUGUUGUGUCAACACAAUCACCAGGACUCUGAGCGAAGCAUCUGCUUUUCUGUCUGUUUUUGGCGCGCAGGCCUUUGCAUCAUCAUUUCCGUGGAGGUAAUGCGGCAGUCUGUGAAACGUAUGAUCGACAGCGACGAGACCAUCUGGAUCGAAUACUACUACUCCUGGUCUUUUACCUGCGCCUGCGCCUCCUUCACCCUCCUCAUCCUCAGCGGGGCCGCCCUGCUCCUCAUCUCCAUGCCCCACAUGCCGCGUAACCCCUGGGAGACCUGCAUGGACGCCGAGCCCGACACCUUAGAUUAGACGCAGGUGAUGUGGAGAAAUGAUCUUUGGUGUUUUUGCAUCUUUUUCGCCCUUUAAUGACUCAUUCUGCCCUCAGUUUGUCGCUUGAUUUUGAUCAGAGAGGUGUGUGAUUGAUGCCAAACAAAGCAGUUCCUAUUAUCUUCAUAAAACAUGGCGGCGAUUGUGUAAAAGCUUUCUUGUUAGCCGGCGUGAUUAGGGCUGAGGGACUCUUGGGAAAACUCAUCAGUGAAUUUUUGUCUUUGCAGGAAUUUCCAAAAAAAAAAUCACGAUUGAUUGAUUUAUCUGGUGUUUGCUGCUUCAUCCUUAUCCACUCAAACUUAUUCUCCCUCACCCCAAUCGUAAAUUUACAAAACUAAUUGAAGUUGCAACUUGAUAAAACUUUAAGUAAAAUCAUUUUUUUGUUGUUGUUGUUAUUGUAGCGUUUGCAAAGAUGCGCUCAGACCUUUCGCUUCUGCUUAUUGUUCGCUUGAGCUGCAACUAUAGAACGAUCGUUUUCAUCAUUUAAACACUCUAAUAACUCAUUUUGUAAUUGUUUUUUUUUUUCAUAUUUUUUCAUUAAUUAAAAAAAUAAACACCUUUCUGUUAAUUUUAGAUGUCUACAGUGUCAAUUAUAACUCAAUUUUUUCCUCCCAGCACAAAAUAAAUCAGAAUUGUUGGUAAACAGAAUUAUAUCAACAUUGAUGAAAAGACUCUGAGGCUGAGCCGACGUUCAGGACGAUAUUAAGGAUCAGAGCUGCUGGACUAAAGUCACCAGGGGGUCAUGAACACUGACCUGAGAUAAUGGUCUCGCUUUGGACAAUCAAUAACUCAGAUUGACUGAAGAAAAACCCUCAGAGAGGAGAAAAGAAAGGGCCGAUUGAAGCCCGUAAUUACAAGUGACUCCUUAUUAAAGGGUUACAGAGCAACGGCUCAUCGUCAGGUUCAGUCGAGUCUUUGUUCAUCAGGAUCCAAAUUCACUUUAGUUCUUAAGUCUGGCCUCUGAAAGUUUCUCUUUUAACAACCAAACAUCUUUAGAUCUCGUUUUUAAGCCUUUUGGACGUAAACAAAUGAAGCCUGAAUUAGUGAGCACUUAUUCUAGAUGCUACUCCAUCUGCAUACAAGCCUGACUGGAACAUCUAGUGCUUCAAUCUCAAUCUCUCCUGGUAGUAUCCUUAAUAUUCUCAAAUAUCACUCAUUUCAAACUUCUUUUAAACCUUUUCAGUAAGGGUUUUUCUUAUUUCCUUUUAGUAGGUACUGAAUGUUUUUGCGGGUUCAUGCGAUGAGAUCAACCACCUCCAGCUUGUUGUACUCUGGAAAUCUAUGCACUCGAAUUCUGGCGGGCAGCCGAGCUUUUUAUUGUCACUCAAAGAGUUUAAAGCUUCAGUGUUGCUCCAUGUUUUGAGGCAGAAACCUCAAGGAGAACCAGACAUGGAGGGAAAUGAGGAGAAGCAGAAAGAGAGGUCCAAAACAAAAGGCCAAUCUGCAGGACUGUGCAGACAAAGGAGCUUAGAGACUCCUGAGAAAGCAUGCAAGGUGCAAAGGAAGUCUAGGUCUGUAGCAGCGUAACGGGGGCCUGGUCUAACCGGCAAUUUCCACCGCAUCCAGAAUGGCUACGAAAAGGCCGUAACCAUUCAAGUCAAUUUGAAUAUACACCGGCUUCGUUCCGUUCCACUGCGGAACGCUGGAUUCCACAGCUAAUCACAAGAGUUGUAUUUUUUCCAGGUUCUCGCAACUCCUGCUGUCCAUAAUCCCCUCACAAACGGACCCGGUAGGAAUUGGCAUACAGCAGCCAUUCCGGAUGCGGUAGAUUUCCGGGUAAGCCUGUGCAAGCUCUUACUAGGGGUGUACAGAUACAAAAUUGAUAUUGGAAAAAAAAAGAAUAUCGGAAUAUAUCGGCCUACAUCUAAAAUCUCCAAUAUCAGCACUCCAUACAAGCAGUCCACACCAGACUCCGCUCUAGCACACCUAUCAGUGACCGCAUCCAGCAAGCUGAGCCAACAAAAUCACAACAUCAGUGUGUACUAAGCUACAAACCAAGUAGUGAAAAACUUGUCAUGAACAAUUAAGUGCCAAUUGCGAAUCAAAGGCUACAAUAUCGGGACACACCUAGUUUUAAUCUAACUCUAAAGUAGAGAAGGUGUCUGCUUCCUAGACCUCAACGAGAGAACAGUUAAAUCUAAAUCAUGAAUGUUAGCGCAAUAAAGUGUUUAAAGUGUUUGUUCUAUUUGAAGCCGUACGUGUCUUAGCUACUGGUUUUUAUUUCGGAGGCACCUCUGACUGAAGCUACAACAUUUAGAUGAAGUAUUGUGUAGAAAACUUUUUUUAUUCCUCUUUUUCAGGCAUUGUUUAUUACGCUGUAAAUCUCUUCUGUCAGAUCAAACCCUUUUCCAGAUGGUUAGGCGGCCUUUAAAUAGGUUUUUAAAUGAUCUUCAUGUUCAAUAAUAGACGCCUUUUCCUAUUCUAACACAGAGCAAUAAAAGUCGUCUUUCACCUGACAGCAGUCAUUUUCAUUCGGCUCCUUUUUUUCUCCACGUUUAACACAACACAAGGGCCGUUUAUUGUUAGCAAAACAGUCAUCUGCGUCUAACGUGUUAUUUUCAGUGAGUCACUCUGGCCUCAAUCUCAUUCAGCUGGUGCAGGUGCAGUGAAAUUAAAGCUCCGUAAAUGACGCCGCUUCACACAGAAACACAAAAAGAAAUGAUUAAAUUUAGCCGCGAGGUCGUCUGGGAGGAACGGUUUCUUCUAUAAAUCACAACCUGCUUCUGUCCUAGCCUCAUACUCUGAAUUUCACAUCAAUUAAAAGAUUUGAAACACAGUAAGGAUUGUAAUUUCAUGAAAAAGCCAACAUCUCUGCAAAAAGAUCCUCCUGUUUGUUAUCUGCUGUAAAGAUUCGCCCUGAUUUCUGUCUGAUUUUAGAUUCAUUCAUCGUCUGUAAAAGUCUGUCAUUGUCUUUUUCAAAACAAGAAUAAAAGACUCUAAAAAUGCCGAUA